AUGGUCUCUAAACGACCGUUAGACGUCUAUGAAAGCCCUUCUGCAUCACCCCGUGGUCCAAAACGUCGUCAACUAUCGCGUUCUUUACCGCCGUCGUCUCCUUUCACCUCAGCUUCUUCAUUGUAUGCAACACCCAGAACGCCUUGUAGUCUCAGAAACUGGAAAGUGCCCUCUGACUCUCCAACUAACCCGUUUGGUCGCGCUCGGCGGCUAACAACGAGCACCACACUUCCCCGCCCUUCUUCGUAUGCGAAGCACUUACCGCUCCGCUUCCAGCUUAUCCGCCCAGACGGUGACGGCAGAAGCCACAUAAACAAAGAUGGGGUCUACAGAGUUGUUCAAGUCCCAUUGAACUACACACUCGGUCACCUGCGGAAGCUUAUCAAGUUUGUCUUCCAGCCAGCAAAGGAAAGCGAGAUGGGCGGAUCAUACCACUUUCGACGCACGGCACGGCACGCCACCAUCCCACGAUACGCAAGGCACCCAGUGCCCUCUUCGUCCAAGGGUAAACAACCAGCUCUAGACUUCGAUCCUGAGCCAGGACAUUUGUUCGAGGUGCAAAAAGAUAUAGAGAUUUCGCGUUCUGGGGAGAUAACAAGCGGGAUGACAACGGUCAAAGCAUCAACCGCCAGAGACCCGUACCACUAUCCUGGCAAUGGCUCAGAGGGCAGCUUGCUUGACGCUGAAGAUGGCGAAGAUGACAUUUGGCGGUGGGAAGCGGAAGAGGACUUCCAGCUUUUGCAGCUCUGGGCUCCGGGCGGGGACCUUGAGAAAGGUAUCAUAUAUCAUCACGACUCUACGACCCAAAUUCACAUAACAUUGAACACUAAGAAGAUCCCAGGUCGCAAGGGCGUUGGCAAUAAGCCUUUCCUCUUCAUGGCAUGGGGUUCCAUAGACCUAUUCGCACCACCUUCAGCAAUUUCUUCCAUUAUCCUUACUGGUAUUGCAGUAACCCGGUGGAAUGGUAUAUUCGCGUUUGAGAAAUUCUUGAAGGCCGAGGAAGAGCAGGAGCGCCUAGAACGUGGGGUAGGGAAAGAGGUUCUGGAUGUUGACGCAGAUGGGGAACUUGACCCUGAUAUCUCAUCGUCAACUCUUCCCAUGUACUCAUCUAUCGGUUUUUCAUCGCCCUCGUCGCUGUCUUCAUCGAUGUUCUCCUUCGCCUAUUCAUCCUCUGCCUCUUCAGCUAUCACCCCAUUCCCCGCCUCGCCAUCAAGGAAGCGCCGUGUUGACUACGCAAACAAACGCAUGCUCGAGUUGACGAAGAAGGUGAGCAAAACUCCGAAUGACUGGGACAGCGGAGAAGGCAAUAACGAAGAAGAGGUCGAUGAGCUUGACGAUGAUGAUGAUGAUCCUGCAGCAGAAGAAAAACCAAGUGACUGGGAUCCUUUUGGGCCUGACGAAGCUGAAAUAUGA